UCGUCAUCGCCUUUUGUUAUUGUUGAAUACACUUCCGAAAGAGGAUGAUCACGUGAGGGCUAACAGGCCAGUAGCUCUUCCGGUGUCACCGAGGUGUCGGCGACUUGAGGGAGAAGCUGCGGUUUGUCCGUGAGAGAAAGCGACUGUCCAGGUCAUGGAGUUUCCUCAGCAUUCCCAGCAGCUACUGUCAGCCCUGCGGUCGCAGCGCCAGCGGGGGUUCCUGUGUGACUGCACCGUCCAGGUGGGCUCCACCCGUUUCCUGGCUCAUCGGGCUGUUCUGGCCUCAUGCUCACCUUUCUUCCACAUGUUUUACUGUGACUCUCUGAGCGGCAACGGUGCGUCCAGCAGCUCUGUCACUCUUGACAGCGACAUUGUCUCUGCGCCUGCCUUCAGUCUGCUGCUGGACUUUAUUUACGAAGGUGUGCUGCAGCUGGAGAAGUCACCGCCGGUGGAGGACAUAUUGGCGACGGCAAGCUUCCUGCACAUGAACGAAGUAGUGAGAGUGUGCAAAAAGAGACUGCGGAGACGAGGGCCUCUGGCUGAGGCAGAUAGCACUCGUCCUGAGGAGAGCUUGAGGGAGGGAACAGAGUCCAGGAGGCACGAUGACGUUGGCGCUGAGGCGGUGUUGACCAUGGCAGCAAAGGACUCAAAUCACAUCGCCAUGGAAGCAGGCUUCUCGUCGGUGUCUGUUAUGAAAGACAGGAGUCAGUUGGAGUCUGGGCACAAGACUGAUGCCACUUCAUCAGUGUCACAAGUUCAGACCCCCUUGAGUCUUGAUCUCGCUGACACCACCCAGCCAGGCAUGGAGGCCACGGGCCAUGCUGCAGGACAGUUGAAGUUGGUGUCUGGAGGUAUCAGUAGGUUGGGGGCUGGCAGCCAGGGUGGGACAACUCUCUACAGCCCGUGCAGCACCACUGAGACAUACAGUCAGCAGCCCUCCUCAUCUUCACUGCCGUCAGAUAGCCAGACACUGGCUGUUCCCCAAUCAGAACCAACAGAGCGUGAUCGUAAGUGUGCGGCGGAGGAAGCACAACACAUGGUCAUGGUGGUUCAAGUGUCAGACCGACCCUCAUGUGCACAAAAUGAGCCACCACAUUCACCGCAACCAUGCUCACAUCCCCACAUUCAAAUCCAGAGCUCCAUCUCACUCCAGCAGAGAAGACAUAACUCCCACCCUGUCACUCCACAGACACCUCAAAGGGCUGGCCUUGAGGGGGAGAUAGGAAGUGGAUCUCACCCUCCCAUAUGCCAAGAGGACAACGAUGGUGAAAAUGCCACAGUGGAAAUGGAGGCCAUUGUUAUUUCUGAUGAAGAACUAGAGGAGGAAAAAGAUGGAUGCAGGCGGAGGGCGCCAGUGGUGGACGAUGACUCUGAAGAUGAUGUCCAAGAGGGGGAGAUGAACACACUCUCCUCUCGCCAAAUCUCUUCCGACUACACUUUCCCUCUGUCCCCUUCCUCCUCUUCCUGCUCAGGGGUUGGCCCUUCCUCACAAGAUGUGUCAUCCUUAACCGCCUCCUCUUUUCCUCCACCAUCUGCAGCACAGCCGCACUCGGACCACACCACCUUUUUAACCGUCUUUCAGGACACCAUGGGGGUCAUCGUGGAUGAUGUCCCAACAUGCUGCGUCUGCGGCAAAACCUUCUCGUGCACGUACACCCUGCGUCGCCACGCAAUCGUGCACACGAGAGAGCGCCCCUACGAGUGCCGCUAUUGCUACCGCAGUUACACACAAUCCGGCGACCUCUACAGACACAUUCGCAAGGCCCACGACCAAACGCUGCCGGCCAAACGCAGCAAAGCUGACGUGGAGCAAACACUGAUGCCACAACCUCCCCCCCUCGGCCAACAUACUGACACACACUUUUAAACCAAAAUACAUUUUAACAAAUACACUAAUAUUUUGGACGUUAAUUAACAUUUGGUCCAUGAAUUGAAAUGAGAUCCGCUUUUGAACAUUAUGUUUUGUUUUCAAGUUUCCAUGCACGUGUACCCAAUGAAGUGUAUACACCAGUGAUUCCCAACCAGGGGGUACAUGUAACCCUUGUGGGGUUGGGGAGGAAACCGAUGUGAUAGGUAAGGUGCCCCCCACCACUUGAAGUGGGGAGGUCUUAGGUGCACGGGCCAGAAGACGAGAUGACGGCAGUUCUCAUUCCCCCGUAAAUAAAAAGACAUUCUUGGCAUCAUCAAAAUAAAGACAGCAGCUACUUUG